CUGUGAGGGUAUUGGGUUCCCUGGAGCUAGUUACAGAUAAUUGUGAGCUGCCAUGUGGGUGCUGGGAAUUGAACCCAGGUCCUCUGGAAGAGCAGCCAGUGCUCUUAACCUUUGAGCCAUCUCUCUAGCCCCUCCAUAAACUUCUUUAUUCAUAGCAUCAUGCAAUUACAUCCCUACCCAACAAAAACUUAACAGUCUCCAAUAUUUGCUUAUACUCCUUGAGUUUAUAACUCUGCAAAGUAUAUCCUUAGAGUCAGACAGUUCUGAGCUGCCAUGUGGGUGCUGGGAAUUGAACUCAGGUCCUCUGGAAGAGCAGCCAGUGCUCUUAAUGGCUGAGCCAUCUUUUCAGUCCCUGUUUUAUUUUCUGCUUUGUGCUUUUGGCAAUUGAACCCAGAACUUUGUGUCCGUGCUACUGUUCUGCCACUGAGAUACAUCCCAGCCCUCCUCCACUUGGGAAUUUUGGAGACUGGGUCUGGUUAUUUAGCGCUGGCUGCCCUGGAUCCGAUGUGUAGACUAGACAGACAUUGAGAGCGCCUUCUGCCUCUGUCUACAGAGUAUUGGUUUUCUAGGCCUGUUACCAUGUCUGGCUAUCUAGCUUUUUCUUUUUUUAAAAAAAUUUAUUUUGAAGGCUGAGCAUGGUGGCAGAUCUGAGUUCAAGGCUAGUCUGGUCUACAUAGUUCUAGCACAGCCAGGGCUAUGUAGAGAGACCCUAUCUUAAACAAACAAAUAAAAAUAUUUUGAGACAGCAUUUCUCAGUUACUAUUCUAUUGCUGUGAAGAUGCACCAUGACCAAGGCAACUCUUAUUUAAAAAAAAAAAAACCAAAAAACAUUUAACUGGGGGUUUGCUUACAGUGUUAGUCCAUGAAAUCAUGUCUGGAAGCAGACAGGCAUGGUGCUCGAACAGUAGGUCUACUACUGAUUCCCAAACAGUUCCACUAACCAGGCACAAGGCAUUCAAACAUGAGCCUAUGGAGGCAUUCUCAUUUAAACUACCAGCACAGGGUCUUAACAAAUUGCUGAGACUCCUUGAACUUGUCACCCUUCUCGACUCCUAGAGUAGGUUGGAGGAUAGCUGUUUAACAUCACACCCUGUUCUUUAAAAGCUGCAGUAGAGUAUGAGGGCACAUAUCCCAGAACUCAGGUGCUGGAGACGGGGAGAUUUUGAAUUUGAGGUUAGCCUGGGCUACAUGAGAUUGAUUGAGACACUCAAUAUAAGACAAUACUGAACUUGGAAGACUGAAGCAGGAUUGCUAUGGUUUUGAGGUCAGCCUGGGCUGUAAAGGACCCUUAAUGGUCCUUUCUGCCCCCUCCUGAUCUUCCCUUAGCACUGGUAUACCAAGGAAUUGGAGGCAGCUUAAACUGCACACCUGAGAGCUUAAUUAGCUAGCCUUACUAGUAUUAGGAUAAGGUGUUUAGGUGGCAGGAAGAAUUUUGAAUUCUUAGAUGUAGGUUCAAUUCCUAUUAUCCUAGAAAUAAAAGGAUUUAAACCUUACCAUAAUUAACUAUCAUCACUCAGCUACUAAAAAAUAACAACCUACCCUUAGCUACUCUAAUAGCAGUUAUAGUCCUAAUUAACCUAUUCUUUUACACACUUAACACUUUCCCAACAAACAACUCCAAAAUACUUAUUCAACACACCAAAUCAAAAAAGGAGGAAAUUUUUUCAUAGAAGGUUUAUCUGUUGGUCAUAAGGAAAUCGUGGGUAGGAUCCUCGAAUCUACCCCCGUUCCAGCAGAAAAGAAGAGAAGUGGAGAUUGCAAGCAUAAUGCAGUAAAGUUUUGCUGUAUGUGAUGAGUGGAGUGGAUGAAAAUAGUGCCCAGUUCGUGCUGGAUCUUUUAUUUAUGAGACUGGUUCUCACUGUGUAGCCUUUACUGGCCUGGAAUUCUUGAGACUUGCUUUUUUUUGUUUUGUUUUGUUUUUUGUUUUUCGAGACAAGGUUUCUCUGUGCAGCUUUGCAUCUUUCCUGGAACUCACUUUGGAGACCAGGCUGGCCUCGAACUCAGAGAUCCACCUGGCUCUGCCUCCCGAGUGCUGGGAUUAAAGGCGUGCGCCACCACCGCCCGGCGAGACUUGCUUUUUAUUUACGUUUUAUUUUGUUUUUGUUUUUUGGUUGUUUUGUUUUGUUUUGUUUGAGAUAGGGUUUCUCUGUGUAGCCCUGGCUGUCCUGGAACUCACUCUGUAGACCAGGUUGACCUUGAACUCAGAUUCGUCUGUUUCUGCCCCAAUUGCUGGGAUUAAAGGCAUAAUCCCCCACACCUGAUCUGCUUUUUAAAAAAAUAUAUUUUAUUUGUGUGUAUGUAUGUUUUGCCUGCAUGUAAAUAUGUGCACCACCUGCAUGCCUGGGGCCUGCCAGCGGACCUAAGGGGGUGGUGGAUGCGCUGAAAUGCGGUAUGAAUGGUUGUGAGCUACCGUUCAGGUGCUAGAAAUUAAAUUCAGAUCCUAUGCAAAAGCAACAGGUGCUUUAACUACUGAUAAUCUCUCCAGAGAUCUGCUUUUAAGAUAGAGUCUCGUGCAGCCCAGGUAAUGUGGAACUUAAUAUGUAAAAAGACUGACCUUUGAUCUGCUUCCUGCCAACACCACCUCUCAUGCUGGGUUUAUAGACAUGUGCCAUCAUACCUGGCUUUUAUCUGUCUUAAUAUUUUUGAAAUACAGUACUCCAACUAGAAUAACUGGGUGCUAAGAACAUCUGGUCUUGGUUCCAAGAACUCUAGAUGUGACAACUUUUUUGGAAAAAGAAAAACCGCUAUGUAGCAAUUACCAUACUUACCCUAAAUGAAAUCCUGUAUUUUGGUAAGAAUGAGGAAAUGCGGGUGUUUUUGCUGUACACCUGGUGACAGAUUUUCUUUCCCCCUAAGUUACUCACUUUAAAGGUUUCUGUUUCGGUUAGUGGAACACCCAUUUUAUGUACGUACAAGCCUUGAGAAAUAGUACGUGACCAGAGGGCUUUGCGAGUCAGAACUAGGCGUGGGGUGGAACAGUGUCUGUCGGCUGUGGGCGGGGCUCCAGCGUCACGCCCCGCCCACCGGCGCCAUCUUCCUGGACCCGGGCGGGGCACUGGGCUGUGCGUCGCCGCUCGGGAAGGAACGCGGGCUGCAACCCGGACUCAGCACUGACUUCAGAGGUACAGGAGGCCUUUCCCAGGGGCCCAGGACUGCUCAAGAGGACAAUGGAUUCUGGAGCUCGCCCAGUUGGUGGCGGCUGUAGCAGCCCUGCAGCGCUAUCACGGGAAUACAAACUAGUGAUGCUGGGCGCUGGUGGCGUUGGGAAGAGUGCCAUGACAAUGCAGUUCAUCAGCCACCGAUUCCCAGAAGACCAUGACCCCACCAUUGAAGACGCGUAUAAGAUCCGGAUCCGCAUCGAUGACGAGCCUGCCAACCUGGACAUUCUGGAUACAGCUGGACAGGCGGAGUUCACAGCCAUGCGGGAUCAGUAUAUGAGGGCAGGAGAAGGGUUUAUCAUCUGUUACUCGAUCACGGACCGUCGAAGUUUCCAUGAAGUUCGGGAGUUUAAACAACUGAUUUACCGCGUCCGACGCACUGAUGACACACCCGUGGUUCUCGUGGGAAACAAGUCCGACCUGAAGCAGCUGAGACAGGUCUCCAAGGAGGAGGGAUUGUCUCUGGCGAGAGAAUUCAGUUGUCCCUUUUUUGAGACCUCCGCUGCAUAUCGUUACUACAUUGAUGACGUCUUCCAUGCUCUUGUACGGGAGAUACGGAAGAAAGAAAAGGAGUUAGUGUUGGCCAUGGAGAAAAAGUCUAAACCCAAAAGCAGCGUGUGGAAGAGGCUGAAGUCACCGUUCAGGAAGAAGAAAGACUCAGUAACUUGAGGGAAGUGUGAAGCGUGUUCUGUGAACUGCGGCGCUGCUCGGAGCAGUCCAGCAAUCUGCAAUAAUGAGCAUGCUGUUUGCUCCCUCUCCACUGUUCUAAAUGUCACUGGUGAGGGGACAUGUCCACUAGGAGUUUCCAAUGAUUCACUAUUUAAAGCCCUGUCUUAGUUGACUCUGAUUUAUUAACCCAUCAGAGCUCUGUCUGCUCCUUCAUUGUCACAUUAGAAUUUGGUCUGCCAUUGUUUUGGUUAUGUUAUUGAUGUAAAUUAGUUUGUGUAAAUCGUUUAUGCCCAGGAGACUGUGUAUACCAUGUGCACUUGACUGUGUUUACAAAAGGAGCUUUGUGCUGUAUGCUCCUCGCCGACCUUCACCUUGAGACCCCCUGGCUCUGUCUCCCAGAAGGACCUCGGCCUUCUUUUCCCACACUGUACGUCUUGGAGACAGAGCAAAAACCGAAUAGAGAAACUAAUGCUAAAGAGAUUGGUGCUAAAGGUGAGUCGGUGUCUGUGGAAUGGACUCCUGUCGUCGAUUAUGGAGGGAUGAGGUUUGGGGAGAUACCGCUGUAUCCACACAGAAGACGGCUGGAAACUUCCAGGGUCAGCAGAGUUCCCACAAGGAGCCUGAGAACUGCACAUUUGACCAAAGGCACUCAGGAGGUAAAGAGAGCCAGAAGCAGAAACAGAAUGGAGGUUUCUCCUUAACACACUUGACUCUUCCUCCGGGGUCUUGCCUUUCUUUACCUUUGAAGGCUGGCACUUUGAGAACAGCUUCUGGCUCUGGGACCAUUACAAGAUCUCGCGGUUCUUCUUUAAACCCUUGGUUGGGCGAGGCAUGGUAGCCCGUUGCCGUAUCCUUCUAAGGCUGAAGCAGGAGGAUUGCCAUGGGUUCGAGGCUAGCCUGGGCUACAGAAUGAAAGCCUGUCUCAGAAAAACAAAACCAAAAAUAAAUAAAUAAAUAAGUAAAUGAGUAAAUAAAUAAGUUCUUUCUUAGGACAGCUAUA